AAUUGUAUAUUUUUACACGAAAUGGAUAAGAAGUCUUGGGUUGCGCCGAUUACCUCCUUCACUAGCACUGAUGCCAGUCACGAGGACUCCACACCCCGCACCUCGGAACCCUCUAACCAAAAUGCGCAGCAGGCUAGGAAGUGCACCUGUACGGACUGCAAGUGCCAACGUCCUGACCGUAAAGUAAAACCGGCACCCCCUGCCACCCAAAAUCGCAAGCCUGUAGCCGAGGCGGAGAGCCCACCCCAUAAGGUCGAUGAGGAAGGCGGUUCGGCGAGGGAGUCUGACCAGUCGCAAAAGAACAUUCAAAUCGCAACGGAUCCCGUGUUGAAUGAGGACUCGCAUUUUGGGGUCGAGGAGGUGGUAGAAACGCACAAAUAUUCAUCGGAUGAGGAGGAGGAGGAGCCGCAAAGGGGUCGCAUUUUCGGAGUUUCGGGUCCUGUGGUGAAUGCCGAGGAGAUGGCCGGGGCAGCCAUGUACGAGCUGGUGCGCGUGGGACACUCCCAGCUUGUUGGUGAGAUCAUUCGCCUGGAGGGCGACAUGGCCACCAUCCAAGUGUACGAGGAUACUUCGGGUGUGAGUGUGGGCGAUCCUGUCUACCAGACGGGCAAACCGCUCUCCGUGGAGUUGGGGCCCGGCAUCAUGGGCAGCAUCUUCGAUGGUAUCCAGCGUCCCCUGAGAUCGAUCAGUGAACUGACCAACUCCAUAUACGUGCCCAAGGGCAUCGAUACGCCCUCCCUGCCCAGGAACAUUGCUUACGAAUUCACACCCGGAAAAUUGAAGAUCGAUGCUCUGGUCACCGGCGGGGAUAUCUACGGAUCUGUUUUCGAGAACAGCAUGAUGCACGAUCACCGCCUGAUGCUGCCGCCCCGCUGCAAGGGCCGCAUCAAGUGGUUGGCCCCGCCCGGAAACUACUGCGUGGACGAGGUGAUCGUGGAGACGGAGUUCAACGACGAGAUCAGCAAGCAUACCAUGCUCCAGGUGUGGCCGGUACGCAAGUGUCGUCCGGUGGAGGAUAAGCUGCCCAGCACUUCCCCUCUCCUCACUGGCCAGCGCGUUCUGGACGCCUUCUUUCCAUGUGUCCAGGGCGGAACCACCGCCAUUCCGGGAGCGUUUGGGUGUGGCAAGACCGUCAUCUCACAGGCCCUGUCCAAGUACUCAAAUUCCGAUGUCAUCAUCUACGUGGGCUGCGGCGAACGCGGCAACGAGAUGUCUGAGGUUCUGCGGGACUUUCCACAGCUUGAGGUGGAGGUCAACGGCACCAUGGAGUCGAUUAUGAAGCGCACUGCUCUGGUGGCCAACACCUCCAACAUGCCGGUGGCUGCACGAGAAGCCUCCAUCUACACGGGCAUCACCCUCUCGGAAUACUUUCGCGACAUGGGCUUCCAUGUGUCCAUGAUGGCGGACUCCACAUCUCGGUGGGCGGAGGCACUGCGAGAGAUCUCCGGACGUCUGGCCGAGAUGCCUGCCGAUGCUGGCUAUCCGGCUUACCUGGGAGCCCGCCUGGCCUCCUUCUACGAGAGAGCCGGACUGGUGACGUGCCUGGGCAGUCCCGAACGUGAGGGUUCCGUGUCCAUUGUGGGAGCUGUGUCGCCUCCUGGUGGCGACUUCUCCGAUCCCGUAACAUCCGCUACCCUGAGCAUCGUUCAGGUCUUCUGGGGUCUGGACAAGAAGCUGGCUCAAAGGAAGCACUUUCCAUCGGUGAACUGGCUGCAAUCCUACUCCAAGUACAUGCGCACUCUGGACACUUACUACGAGGAAUCCAAUCCGGAGUUCACCCAACUGCGAGCCAAGGCCAAGAAGGUGCUGCAGGAGGAGGAUGACCUGGCGGAAAUCGUCCAACUGGUGGGCAAGUCCUCGUUGAACGAGGAGGACAAGAUUACACUCGAGGUGGCCAAGAUGCUGAAGGACGACUUCCUGCAGCAAAACUCCUACAGUCAGUACGAUGCCUUCUGUCCCUUUUACAAGACCGUUGGCAUGCUGAAGAACAUGAUGGUCUUUUACGAUGCGGCGAUCCUGUCGGUGCAGAAUACGGCGGAAAAUGAGGCCCGGGUAACCUGGGGAUUAAUCCGGACAAAAGCCGCUCAAAUUCUGUACGAGCUCUCCACCAUGAAGUUCCUUGACCCCAAGUUGGGCGAAGCAUUUCUCAUGGAGAGCAUGAACAAGCUGCAUGACAGUAUCCUUAUAACUUUCCGGGAGAUAGAGGAGAAUGCAGAGGACUACUGAAGUUGUAAGGUGAUUAGUACCGACUAAAUCAAAAAUUACAUGUAUUGAGGUAUUUUACAAAUUGUUAGUAAAUAAUUAAUUGCCUGUCUUAGAAUUUGUAUAAACAAUGAAAUAUUUA